UGCUGUGGAGAAGUUACGUAUGCUGGAGGAGCAGCUGAAUAGAGCCAAGCAGAAGAUCCACAGCUUCCAGCAGCACUCAGCGGACACAGUUGGUCCGGGUCAGGAGCAUGAGGAGCUGCGUAGGAGGGUUGAGAGCGGCGUUCGUGAGCUCUGGUACUUCGUGAGGAGCGAGGUCAGGAAGCUGGACCAGACACACGGCCCUUUACGCCGCCGCCUCACCGACAACCUGCUGCACGACCUGGGCACACAGCAGAGGUCCAUCAUGACGGACUUGUUCCACUUCAGCCAUGUUGACGGGGCAGGGGACUGGAGACAGAAGGAAGCCAAUCGAGACACUACCCCUCAUGAUGAGGAAGACAAACGGGACACUACCCCUCACAAGGAGAAGGUGGAGACCGCCAAGUACCCCAUGUACCCCUCAUUAUGAGGCAGACACACUGCUGCUGGCCAAACGGGACACUACCCCUCACAAGGAGAAGGUGGAGACCGCCAAGUACCCCUCAUUAUGAGGCACACACACUGCUGCUGGCCAAACGGGACACUGCCCCUCAUUAUGAGGCAGACACACUGCUGCUGGCCAAACGGGACACUGCCCCUCAUUAUGAGGCAGACACACUGCUGCUGGCCUCAUCGAGUCUAGAGAAGAGGAGUUUUGGGAAGGAUGGAUUUUUGGGGGAAAAUUGAAAAUGAAGGAGGGAGGGAA